AUGGAGGCUUUCUCAGAAGGCGAUGGCCUUCUUCGUUCGCAACAACAAGGCAGUGGGGCAAAUCAAGCCUGGGGGAAGACGUCCUUUCGAGACAAAUUGCUAGGGGGAAAGGUAGCACCCCCAGCCAAGACAGCUGUUAGCUUGGUUGAACAAGGAAAGAUGAAGAUCGUUCACUAUAAUGACAACCCUAUGCUGCCACAAGUGAUCACAGAUGCGGAUGCGAUCAAGGAGUUGUGCUAUCCAUGGCAAGAAGCUUUGGUAGUAUCACUACUGGGAAAGAAGUUGGGCUAUAGAACCAUGAAGUCUCGCCUCUCAGCAGUGUGGAGACUUACGGCUGAUUUUGAUCUGCUAGACAUUGACAAUGGUUUCUUUAUGGUGAAAUUUGAUCUUGCCGCUGACAGAACAAAGGUUAUGGAGGGUGGGCCUUGGGUGAUAUUUGAUCAUUAUCUAGCAGUGUCUACAUGGAAUAAGGAUUUCUUGUCACCUCUGGCAAAAGUCUCUAAAACUCUUGCGUGGAUUCGCAUUCCAGGACUAAAUGUGGUGUUCUAUGAUGAGAGUUUCCUUCUUGGCGUGGCUACUGCAGUGGGAAAACCUAUACGAGUGGAUGGCAAUAAGCUUCGAGCGGAGCGGGGAAAGUUUGCAAGGAUAUGUGUGGAGUUGGAUCUAGCUAAACCUGUGAUUGGCAAAAUCUGCAUUGAGGGAUUCUGGUACAAGGUUGAGUAUGAGGGAUUGCACAUCAUCUGCUCCAAGUGUGGUUGCUAUGGACACAGGGGAAGAGAUUGCACCUCAGGUACACCAACUACCAUGCUAAAGGAACAGGAGGCGCCGCCGUCACAAAGCCAGCAAGAUACGCCAAACCCUAGUGCACCGACGGCUGGAGCGAACAUUCAGGAGGAUAAUUCGCAAAACAUAGAAACUGAUGUACUCAUGGGGGCGGAUUCUCAGGGAAUUAUUCCUGGGGGUUUAAUGGUCAAUGAUGUGUUUAUUAUGGAGAAGCCACAUAAUAUGCCAGAUGCAGAUUGUGAAAUUUUAGGAGAAUGA